AUGGACGCGACAUAUCGCCACUACUACCUAGUAUAUUUUGCUGCACUGAUUACCCGAAUGUUCAAUGGACCGAGCCUGGGUCUAACGCUGCUUGGGGUGCUGACCAACGAGAGGAGCAGGAUUCUCCCCUCAGUUUCUUCCCAAGGAUCAUUCUUUACUAUCAAAAUCAUCGGAUCAGAACACUUGCUUCAGUCUCGCUAUCCACCUCAAAUAGACCUGAAAUUUCCCGAGGGUCUGCCCCAGCUUGUUGCGCUCAAGAUACCCAAUAUACUCGAUAAAUCCCCAGUCGCCAGCACGCAAAGACUCUGGAGCUCAAUAUUCACGGAGCUACAAAUUUUGAAACACGAAUCUAUUUCAUCACACAAUUCUAUUGUCAACCUACUGGGGGUCUCGUGGCGAACAACCACCAAAGGCGGCUCUGUCCUGCCUGUUCUUGUCCUAGAAGCGGCUCAACGAGGCGAUCUGGCGACAUUCCUCAAAGAAAGCACAAGCUUGACGAUCCAAAAGUCAUUCUGUCUGUCCAUCGACAUAGCGGCCGGAGUGCAAGCCCUACAUGAAAUAGGCAUAAUUCAUGCAGAUCUGAAGCCUCAAAACAUUCUGAUCUUUGAAGACAACGAUCGGAAGUUGGCGGCUAAAGUUGCAGACUUCGGCAGUGCUGUGUUUCUUAACGAUGUAAGGGGGGAAGUACAGCUCAAUGCAGGAACUUCACUAUGGCAAGCUCCCGAGUGCUAUCGGCCCGUUCAAAAGUCAGAACUUAUCAAGACUGAUAUCUAUUCAGUUGCAUUGGUUAUUGCAAACCUGAUGACUGGCAACUAUGUGGUAGAACUUCUUCAACAGUCAGAGCAUCAAACCCAACAAAGCCUCGAACUGAGUGAACCGAUCAGGGCUGCCAUCGGCAGCAGGGUCGGGGACAUAAUAUUUGAAUCAGGCAUCGAGCUGGAAAACAUGGAGUUUGAGAUUUCUGCCAGAGCUGCUACACUUAUAUACUGGGCGACAAACAUUCCAUCUCGAAGGAUUCCUCAAGUGAAGAAGCUUCACGAAAUGCUUCGAGGGAUAUUAAACCAUAUACUACAAUUUCAGAUCUCAACUGUAUGCACUUCCGACCUCUUGAAGGCUGAUUUAGACUCACAAGAGUUUGAUAUCUUACUCAAACCAGACUUUGGCAAUCUUUCAGAUGAGGACAUGAUACAUACCUUUAAAUAUUCUCGGCUGAAGACGCAACAAGAAACCUCGCAACGAGGUUCCGAUAUCUCACCGAAGUACAUUGAAACGACGCUGUGUCGAUGGUCUGGUCGCGUAAAGCCAAUAGUGAGCGACAACAAGUCCAUGUUCAAGGCGUCAAAGUGGCUCGGGACAUUGCGUAUGAUGCCACCCACUGUCGUUAAAGAGAUUGCGAAGCAGUUUUAUAGCCUGGCGUAUGCAUCGUCCGAGGAUAUAGAGACUCGUCAGAAAGCCGCCAUGGAAUAUGCAAUCAUGGUAUUCUGGGAUCCUCAGUUUCAUCAUGGACAUGAAGGCGCAGUGGAGAGUGCAUUGGACGCUGUAUACCUUUCUGCUGAGCUCGGAAACCCGGAAGCGCAGGGUAUCGCGAUAUGGCUAUUUGAAUCAUUUGAUCGCAGUUUACCACCAGAACAUACCUACGGGAAGACGAUUCAGUGGCUGUCGACUGCCUUGAAGUAUGGGAGCGAGACUUCACUUCGACAUCUCAGAGUGGUAUCUCCAAACACUUAUCAGACAGCUAGGCAACGGCUACGAACUCAUCGUGGGGGAAUAGGCAGUGACGGAGACUUGUCUGACUUUUACGAAUUCAUCGAUACUGGAUUUGGCAUGGCGAUGAGUAUCCUCAGUCAUGGCGGACGCUCCCCCGAUCUCGAGGUGGCAGUCUAUCAGAGUGCCGUUUUAUCUGACAGAGUUGAUCUUAUGCGUCAAGUCCUUCAAGUCUGCACCAAAGGGGCGUGCUUCGAGUUUAAAUUGGGCGAGUCAGCACUGCUGUAUGCUUGUCGUGCUGGCUACGAGCGAAUGUCACACUUCCUUUUGGAUAAUGGAGCGGAUCCGUCGAAAGCAAGUGACGAAGGCGCCACUCCUCUACAUUUUCUGAGUUCCUUCGAUGAUUCCUGCAUGGAAGAUAUAGCAAAGAAGCUGCUUAGCCGUGGCGCUUUGUUGGAAGCCCGCACCACCAGUGCAGGCUCUCAUUGUAUCGUGCUGGACUCGACUUUUGGCAAGGUAAACGGAACGCCCCUCACAUGGGCCGUUGCUGCCAACAAUCAAACAGCCGUCUCUGUCCUCAUUGCUCUCGGUGCAGAUCCUUUUGACAAAUCAUCCCAGAGAGCAGCUGUCGGUGAUCGUUGGGGUACAUUGCACCAUGUUACGCCUGUCAUGUACGCCGCCAUGACCCACCAUUGGGAAAUGCUCGCUCUUUUGCUACCCAAGCGCUCUACUGGAUGGGCUUCUCGGUUCAAAUAUCUUUUCCAUAGAGGAUCCAGAUGGGAGUUGAAUCACGGGUCCAGGCCAAUCGGCCCCUGGGGUGACCGAGACUAUACAACCCCUUUAGAGAGAUGUGUACGAUACUCGACACCAGACUUCCUCCCACGCGUCCUUUUGCAUGGCAAAGAGCACGAAGAAGCCUUUCGCAAAACCUUCGAAGUACUCCUCAGUGCGGGAUGCGAUCCUUGCAAAUCAACCAAAAGACGCCAUAGUCUCUUCGUUGCAGCCAUCCAAUGGGGCCGGCCAUUCGUAGUUCGGCAUCUGAUGGAGUGGCAGGCCGGCUGUCUCAGACCAAACAAUAAAGAAUGGCUAAAUUAUCUGUUGGCGGCCGUUACUUUGCAAGACACUGUAACUUGCGACGUUCUGCUUGAAUUCGACAAGUUCUACAGUGUCCCCGAGAGUCAAUGGGCUACGUUCUUUCAUAGCAUUGUACAGACAACUGAUGACCCUGACAUUUUGGGCCGCUUCAAGCAUCACUUGGCAAGCAGUAGUGACUACGGACCAGUCUUUUCUGAAUUGCCGGGCCAGCUUUUCGAGAAUGUCUUUGAGCUGGGAGGCUCGCUCUUUACUGCACUUCAUUUAGCUGCGUUUCACGUGGAGUACCUGAAAGGAUCUCAAAUGGCAGGUUCCGUCUUCCAAACGCUGCUCGAGUUCUAUAACGAGCCCGGGCAUUUAAACUUCAAGAUCAAGGCUGGGAACCAUAAAGAUUACACACCACUUCAUAUUGCAAUCAAAAUGUGCAAUAUCGCCGCCGUUAAGCUUCUACUCGCAGAAGAGGACGUCCUCAUCAAUGAGACUGGCCCAGAUAAUACAACGGCAAUGGAUCUUGCACUGUAUAACUUUAGAAACCAAGAUAAUGCGCUGCAUACAUGGAAGGUUGAUACUCAUAAACGCCGAGGUUCUGACAUCGAUCACUAUCUACAAGCUCAGUUGAUUUAUAAGGAGCUGAGAGACGCCGACGGAAGGUCUAACAAGAUCUAUGCCGCGGUAGUACGAACAGAUGAGGAUAACUAUUCGAUAAUGCACAGCGGCGAUCCAGACAUAUCACUCAUUGUGUUUAAUC